UGGUACUUCGGUGCCCCUCCCCUCCCCCUCUGUCUCUCGCUCCGCCCAUAGAGAUCCUGGCCCCUCCCACGGUCAUGGCCAACGACACUGCGCUGGUGGAGCGUAGGGAUACCCUUCGUCUCAUCUGUAGCAGCCCCAGCCCCGCUGAGGUCCGCUGGUUCUUCAAUGGUGACGCUCUGCCCGUCGCUGUCCGCUUGGGCCUGUCCCCUGAUGGCAGGAUGCUGACCCGGCAUGGCGUCCGCAGGGAGGAGGCAGGCGCCUACCAGUGUGAGGUGUGGAACCCGGUCAGCGUCAGCCGCAGCGAGCCGCUGAACCUGACGGUAUACUGUGAGUCUUCCAAGGCACCUGGUAUCCAUAUCUCACAGACGGGGAAACUGAGGCCAGGAGAAGGACUCUACAGUCACAUAGCAAGUCAGAAAGCAGGCUGGGGAAGGAGCCAGGGCCCCUCUUAGACUAUACCUGACUUUAUAGUGCAGGUUAUGGCUGACAAUGUUAGGUCGAUGUAGGACCCUGUAGCUGAGAGAGGGAACACACACCAGCCAUCCAAGGUAUCCGGAGGUGGAGGGAAGAUCAUUAUUCAGACCAGGCCACCGCAUAUGUCUGGCUUGCACCAAACUCAAUCUGCAGCACCACAAAAAUGCUUAUGUGAGUAUAUGGCGAUCAGCCCAGUCCUAGAGAACUGGAGACGGGAUCCUGAGCUCCUGUCCUUGUCAUCUGCAUUUUAAGUUCAAGGUCAGCCCGGGCUACAUGAAGGUCUGUCUGAAAAGAGAUAGGAAAAAGGAAAGAUGCCUAAAGAAACGGAUAACGUGGGUUAACUGUCAUUGGUCGCUGGAACUCUGGGCUCAGCGGGGACAUCACAAAAGCUCAUCACAAAAGCUCAUCACAGAAGCGCGUAGUACUUCCUGUGCCAGCAGCUGUGUGCGUCAAAUCCUAAGAAUACAAAUGACCAAGCUGUUCAGCUGUGGGAGUGGGGGUGGGGGUGGGCACCCAGGAGGCAGAGGCAAGCACACGGCUGUGAGGUCAAGUUCAACCGGGGCUUCAUAAUGAGGCUCUUUCUCAAAAAAAUAAAAAUAAAAAAAGUCGGCCCUGAACGAGUGGCUAUCCUCCAAGAUUCUACCACCCGCACAGGCUGCACUAUUAAAGUGGACUUCAACACGUCCCUCACCCUGUGGUGUGUGUCCCGGUCCUGCCCUGAGCCAGAGUAUGUGUGGGCCUUCAAUGGGAAGGCCUUGAAGAAUGGUCAGGAUCACCUGAACAUCAGCUCCAUGAGUGCAGACCACGAGGGCACGUACACGUGCAUUGCUAAGAACUCCAAGACGCUGCUGUCUGGCUCUGCCUCAGUGGUGGUUAAGCUGUCUGCCGCAGCUGUAGCCAUGAUGAUUGUCCCUGUACCAACUAAGCCAAUGGAAGGUCAGGACGUGACCCUGACUGUCCAGGGCUACCCCAAGGACCUGCUAGUCUACGCCUGGUACCGUGGACCUGCCUCAGAACCCAACCGACUGCUAAGCCAGCUGCCAUCAGGGAACUGGAUCGCCGGCCCAGCGCACACAGGCCGGGAGGUGGGCUUUGCCAAUUGCUCACUGCUGGUGCAAAAGCUGAACCUCACGGAUGCCGGACGCUACACACUCAAGACCGUCACACUGCAGGGCAAGACCGACACUCUGGAGGUGGAGCUACAGGUGGCCCCCCUGGAGUAGCCACCGCCACCUCUUCAGUAGCAGCGCAGGCCGCUGAGACCUGGAGAGAAUCGUGCCCUUGCAGCAUCUCCCUGCAUCCGCCCCUGAGCCCAGGACCGCUCACCUGCAGCACGGAUGCGGGCCGUGGUCCCGCCAUGCUGCCUCCAUCUAGACUUAGCGCCGAACUGUGGGAGAGCUGCCCAGUCCAUAAACGUCCCAAUGAAUGCA